AUGAAUGUCUGUAGGUUACGCUUAACAGUACCUCCUGAUGAUAUCUCACAGCCUGAACAGGGAGCAAAGGAACCUGAAAGAAAGAAAAAUGAGCUCUACCAUGUACCAAAUGGCAUGUCGCCAGGGAAGCUGUCUCAUGGGAUGGUCUAUGGUGUUGUGCACCGAACUGACAACAACCAUAAGAGAGAAAUGGUGGUUUAUGGCUGGUCAGCUGAUCAGCUGAAAGAGGAGAUGAAUUACAUUAAAGAAGUGAGAGCAACCCUGGAAAAAGUAAGAAAGAAAAUGUAUGGUGAAUAUGAUGAAAUGAAGCGAAAAAUACAGCAGCUUACAAAUGAACUGAAAGUGACAAAUGCUCAUCAGGAAUCCUUAGAGAAUCAUGUGCGAGUGCAGGCUGCAGCCUUAGAUAGCUUUAGUGAAAUGAACAGCUCCUUGACAUCAGCAUCAAUAGACUUGCAGAAAACUCUAGUGGAUGUUACAUUGGAGAACACUGAUAUAAGGGAACAAAUAAGGAAUUUAAAACAUACACAUGAGCAAUCUAUGGAAAAGCUGAGAGAGAAGCAAAAGCAACUGGAAACGGCACAAAUUGAAAAUCAGUUACUGAAAUUGAAGGUGGAAUCGUCACAGGAAGCCAAUGCUGAAGUCAUGAGAGAGAUGACAAGAAAACUGUAUAGUCAGUAUGAGGAAAAAAUGCGAGAAGAGGAGCAGAAACAUAAAGCUGAGAAAGAAAUUCUUCUAGAGGAAACAAAUCGUCUUCUGAAAGCUAUUGAAGAGGCAAAUAAGAAGAUGCAGAUUACAGAAACAAGCAUACAGGAAAAAGACCAGAGAAUUGGUGAGCUGGACCGGCUAAUUGAACGCAUGGAAGAGGAACGUCACCAGCUGCAAAAACAACUUGAACUAAAUGAAAUACAAAUAUCUGGAGCAAAAUCUGAAAACAACUCUGACAGUGAAAGGUCACAGCAUCUGGAAGAGGUAGCAGCUAGCCUAAGAGAGAGAAUCAAACAUCUGGAUGAUAUGGUCCACUGCCAACAGAAGAAAGUCAAGCACAUGGUUGAGGAGAUUGAAAUGCUAAGGAAGAAAGUAAAAGAAAAGGAAUUAUUUAUAAUACAGCUUUUAGAAAAAAUCUCUUUCUUAGAAUGUGAGAAUAAAGAAUUACAAGAUAAAUUGGACUACUUAAUGGAAAACCAACCAAAGACCAAUAUAGAAACCAGAGAUACCGGUGUAGAAUGUGAUCUUCCAUACAG